AUGGCUCACUUUACGAGGCAGGACUGGGCCGGCGCCGAUGAGGCGCCCCGCAGGCCGCGCCUGAAGAUCCUGGGCCAUCUCGCCCGCGCGGUGAAGCGCUUCCAAGCUUCCCUCAACCCCAAGGUGUCGUUCGGCAGGCGGCCCAGCCCCGUGGAGGAGUCGUCAGUUGGUGUGCCCAUGCACUUCGACGCGAGGAGAACCGUCAGUGCGCCGACCCGCGGCGGGAUGUACUGUCACUCCGAGUACGAGAGGGCCGUCACGGGCCUGCUGCCCGUCGCGACGGAGAUGCCGACCCCCAGGUACAUUCACAAGGACCGGGGCCACAUCACGUCCUAUCUGUUUGCGCCCCUGCCCGCCCUGCCCAGCGAAAUGUCCCGGGCUUAG